AUGUCAUCCGCCGACCCGGACUCUGGGCGCGGGACGGGGAAGUCAGCGAACUAACGCGCAUAACAGAGUAAAUAAAGUACACUUAGAUUUCCCCAACUGACUUGACUUGGUUUGGAUGGAACGUCAGCCCAUCGGCUGCCUCGAUUCACCAUGUCAUCGGCAAUGCAUCAGCGAAAGGCGGAGAUCCUCGCCAAAAGAGCAAAACUUGCCGAAUUAAAACGGCAGAGGGAGUUGCGCCAGAAGGAGUUCUCGCAAAGUCGGGCCAACAGCGGUGAUGCUUCCGAGGUUGUGUCGCCGGUCCCCAGUCGUGCCGAUAGUAGAGCAGAGCUUGAUGACUUGAUCUCACGUCUUGUGGACCGCCCUGGGUCGGCGUCUAUCAGCCACGCAGAUGGCCCCUCGCGCAAAGGGAGCAGACCCAAUUCAGUGAUCAGCGCUAGUCAAGUCAGCGGGGACAAUAAUGAGGCGUUUAGUCCAACCGCGCGACCACUUUCACAUUCGAUCGCCGUUCAAACCGUCGGUGCAGAACCGUAUCCUACAGCACCACCCCCUGAACCAAAACCAGAAAUUGUCACCUACAGCAAAGGAGUACAGACAGACGACUUAAAUCAACCUCCAGAUACAUCAUCGGUCGAAUCGGAAGAGGAAGAUGGGCAGGAUCCUACGGGUACAGGCAUACGGUUGAGCAAGAAAGAACGCGAACGCGACGAGGAGAUCCGGAAGAAGCUUCGCAAAGAAAUCGAGGAGGAGUUGCAAGCCACCCAUCAGAAGGCAGAGAACGAUGCCGAGGCUGAAGUUUCGAAACUACGGUAUCCAUUGCGCACACUUGACGCCGAUGAAUUGAAGGCCGUGACUUCUUCCGAGGAUUUCCUGGAUUUCGUGGAACGUUCCGCAAAAGUAAUUGAGCGGGCUCUUGAUGAGGAGUACGACGUACUAGCGGAUUAUGAACUUGGGGGGGUUGAUGGCGAUGUAGAGGACGACGACGAACAUGGAAAGAAAAGGAGAGGCAUUAGAGAGGUUUGCCAAUUCUGGGAUGAGCGAUGGAGCAAGAAGCGCAUGAUCAGCGACGUCAGCUUUUCUCCAAAGUUCCCAGAGCUUGUUUUGGCUGCAUACACUAAAAACCCGUCUGCCCCCCAUGAACCGGAUGGCCUGGUUCAGGUCUGGAACCAACACCUUCAAUCUCGCCCCGAAUAUGUAUUCCAUUCCACAUCCGAUAUUCUGGCGGCCAAGUUCUCUCCAUUCCACCCCAAUCUUAUCGUCGGCGGUUCAUAUUCUGGUCAGGUUCUACUUUGGGAUACCCGGUCAUCGCGCGCAGGCGGCGGUGCACCAGUGCAGAAAACACCCUUGACUGGCUCUGGGCAUACCCAUCCCGUCUAUAGCAUUUCGAUCAUCGGCACGCAGAAUGCCCAUAAUAUUCUUACUGCGUCUACGGAUGGCGUGGUUUGCGGCUGGACGGUUGACAUGCUUUCUCAGCCUCAAGAAUAUCUCGAACUGUCUACUCCGCCGCCAUCUAAAACCGAGGAUCUCGCUCCCACGACCAUGUCGUUCCCACAGUCCGACCCGACGUUCUUCAUCGUCGGCACUGAAGAAGGAGGGAUUUAUCCCUGCCAUCGUUAUGACCGAGCUGGUGCUAAGGCCGGUACUGACCACCGUCUCGCGUACCGUGGUCACGCAGCCCCCAUUAUGUCUACUGCGUUCCACCCGGCACGAGGCCCAGUCGAUCUGGGCGAUUUGAUGCUGAGUUCUAGUCUAGAUUGGAGCGUGAAACUAUGGCGCGUGCGACCACCAGCAACGACUGCGCCGGCCACCUCUGCCAUCGCUGCAACGCAGGUUGUAACGCCGAUUCUCGACAUCAACCGUGAGGACGUUGUCUACGAUGCACGGUGGUCUCCCCACCGGCCUGGAGUUUUCUCCCUCGUCGAUGGUACUGGAAACCUCGAAGUUUGGGACCUCUACACGGACACGGAAGUACCAGUUGUGCGGACCACGCCGUCCAAGGGGCGCGGAGGCAUCUUGACCCGAAGCCUCAACAAGGUGGCCUGGGAGGAGCGUGAAGGAAGACGUAUUGCGACUGGUGGGCUCGACGGAGUCAUCACCGUCUUUGAGGUAGGAAAGGGCCUUAGUGGCACCCCCGAAGAUGUGCCUGCCGAGGAAUGGGCCGGUGUUAAGCGACUGGUGGGGAAGCUGGAGCAAAAGGACCGGAUCAACUGAAGUAGUAAUUAAGCUCGCGACUGGCGUGGGUCGCUUCGUUUUUAUGGUCUAGCCGACGGUCAAUGUGGCUUGACUUCAAAAAUUUUACAUGGGAAGUAUCCGUAAGAUCGCGCAGUUGCCUCAACACGGUGGCUGCCUCCUUUUCUCUUAUCGAAUCUCCUUGCAUGGCGUCUUUAUUUAGCUUAUCAUAUACCCCUCGGGCAGCAGUUGAUGUAUGUAUGCAUUUAUCGGGACCAGGAAGUCGGGUUCUCUGGAUUUAUACUCGACCUGGCUUAGAAGGGCUCUGAAAUGUAAAUAGUUUACUUUCGCGAUGUGGGCGGCCCGUGGUGAUUCUUUGUAGUCUGUCCGAUGUUUGUCGAGCGAAACAAAAACUGCAUUUCAACCACGUGCCGUCUAAUGAUCGCCUUAGGCCGACGUAACCAGCUUGCUCAGUAUGUUUUCAAGCAGUACGAUUCUAAAUACAUGUCAAGAAUGGUGUGAUCAUGGUCAUACCCAAGUGGUUCCGAAUGUCACGCCUGUUACGCAGUGGUGACACUUGGGCAGCUCUUUUUACCAUAUCCUCAAAGCCAGACGACGAAAGGAAUUGAUUACCUGUAGGUGGGAAGGGAAGUGUAACAGACUCAUCCUGGAACUACUCCCAUAUUCAGUGGAGUGGAUCCAGGAAUUCAGAGUUCAAGACCCAUUCCAUUUUGGGAUUUCAAAGAGGUAUGUAUGCAUCGCAUCCAUGCU